CUGCCCGCACAUCUACGAAUCCACCCAUAGAAUAGGUCAAGAAACGACAAGGCAGAGAUUCAACAUCGAGAGUCCGAACACAGCCGGCUUCAUCAUGCUUGACGUGGAACUUGAUUUGAUGGGGGCUCAGCCCGCCCUCUUCAAACUGUAUACACAGCUUGCUUUCGUCUACCCGAUGCCGGACUCAUCAUCCAAGUCACAUGUUGUAUCCGUGUUGAAUGAGGGCUUGAAGCGUUUGUCUGAGUCUUUCCCUUGGGUUGCAGGCCAAGUUGUCCAUACCAGUAGCGAUUCCGACGGCCCAUUGAAGUACAGGAUCCGGCCGCUGGAUUCAAUACCCAAACUAGUCGAGAAAGAUUAUACAUACGAACCGACCGUUCCCACUUUUGAGGAACUAGAAGACGCCGGUUUUCCAAUGUCUAUGAUGAGCGAGGACGUGUGGGCUCCCUGUCCAACAUUGAGUGGGCUGACCUACGGCACUUCAGGUUCCGCCAGCAGUAACGACAAGACUGCACCGGUUAUGCUUGCACAGCUUAGUUUCAUCAAAGGAGCUGUCGUUCUUUGCAUAAACAUGCAACACAACGUUUGCGACAUGAUGGGUCAAUCAGCAGUCAUGUCAUUGCUGACCAAAGCAUGUCGCGGAGAAGCUUUCUCGGAGCACGACAUCGUGCUUGGCCAGAAGGAUAGGACACAAGUGGUGCCGCUUAUUGAGGCUGGCCAAUGGAAUCCUGUAGAUGUUCUUGGUGAUCAGCUCAUUUCAUUACAAAGACGUUCUGAAGACGAAUCGGCGACGGCCAGAUCUCCUGCCCUGGACGUCAAGGCCGCCGAGCUAAGGGAGAUUCAAAAGCCACAGGUGCUGGGGACUUAUUUCAGUUUCCGCGCCACGAGUCUCAAAGCUCUUAAGUCAUUGGCAACGGAAACUUUGCCCUCGGAUCGCGAAUUCAUAUCCAUGGAUGACGCGAUAUCAGCACUCAUUUUCCAGUCUGUAUUGCGCGCUAGGGGACCACGAAUCAACAACGAAAAGCGCUCAGUCACAUUUGCUCGAGCUGUCGACGCGAGACGCUACCUUGGAGUUGAUCCUCAAUAUCCGGGAGUUUUGCAAAACAUGACAUAUACGAAAUAUCAUCCGUCGGAUCUGUUGAACGCCCCACUCGGACAUAUCGCUGCCGCCAUGCGUGAGCAGAUCGACUCUAGUUCUUCUGAUGUUGCCCUUCGAACGCGAGCUUUAGUAACAUUCCUGUCUCAAUCACCCGAGAACGCUACCAAUGUCAGCUUCACCGCAAGUUUGAAAACGGAUACAGACAUUAUGUUGAGCUCUUGGGCGAAGGUCCCGGCGUACGAUUGGGAUUUUGGAUUUGGGUUGGGUGCGCCGGUAGCAGUUCGACGACCAGCAUUUGUGCCAGUAGAAUCUUUGAUGUAUAUCAUGCCUAAAGAUGGCAGAGGGGAUGUUUCAGUGUGGAUGUGCCUGCGAAACGAUGAUAUCGAACGACUGAACGAAGAUUCGGAGUGGACGAGGUUUGCGACGCACCUAGGCUAG